AUGGCUUCUGCAAUUGCCUCCACGAGCGCCGACGCGAAGGCUGAAGAGAUACUCAGGAUCAUUGAACAAUACGGUCUCAACUAUGAGCGAACGGGAAAGUGGGAUGGGUUUGAAACAUUUCUGCCUAUUGUUAAAGGACAGGUCGAGCUUAAAGAGCCCAUACGCAUGCUGCUACCUGGGUUCCCUUUCAAGUCGCCGAACACAAAAGACAAGGUUCUAGGCGUCUUGCCAGAUUUGGGUGAGGAGCUUGCGCUGAAGCAUCUCGACGGCCUGUGCGAGAAGAUCAAAGGGGUCUAUGAGCAUGGCGCUGAAUGUCACAUCACCUCUGAUGGUCUUGUCUAUAAUGAUCUUCUCGGUGUGAGUGACGAAACGGUAUGGAACUUUGGACAAGGCGUGCGCGAGAUAGCCGCAAGUAACAAGCUACACAAUCUCAGCUUCCUGCGACUUUGGGAUAUUCUCGAGUAUGCUGGCGAUUUCCAGUCCAAGGAAUACUAUCUCGAGCACGCAUCCAGCAUCCGCAAAGAACUGAAGCGGCGAUAUGGAGACGCAAAGUUUGAGGCUGACAUGGCCAACACGAGUACGAGCGACAUGCAAAUGACGCACACCAAGUACCUCGAAUUUUUGCAGCAGGAUCUGGCGCUGAAUGAGAGACAUCUCGCCCUUUCUCCAGAGGACCAGGCUGCAAAUAUUGCCAAUACCGCCAAGGAGAUGAUGGGUCGCUGGAAAGCCUUCUCUGCGGCCAUGGCUGCUGUGCCCGCACAGUAUGUUCGUCUGUCCAUUCAUGAUUCCGGGGGCAAAGAUAAGCUCUCCAUGGCGAUCGUUCCGCAGCAAGAAAAGGGUGCUCUGGGCGCGACGCCUUGGCAUUCGACGCUGGUCAUCGAGGCCGAUGGGUCUAUGCGCACUGUGCAGCGGUGCAAGGUGGAUGCGACCCAGUAUCGUCUUGUGUAUCGCAACGGACAGCCGUAUUGUUUUUGCGCAGGGGCAUCAGGCACUCAGGGGUUGAGCCAGACAUUCGAAGAGCUGUAUCCCAGUGGGCUUACGAUCCGAGACCGGAGAGCAGUGUCUGCAUGA